AUUUGUUUUUAACUGUGUGAAUAUAUCAUUGUUUAUCCAUUAGAAAGCAACUGAAGGCAGUGUGAGGAGUGGUAAAAGGAGAGUCAGACAGCUGUGGGUUCAAUCGUAGCACCUACCCUUGCUUGUUAUGUCUGGCGAAGGCCUUUCCCCUUUCUGGAUUAGCCAUGGGGAUGCCGCCCACCCCCCGCCCCUACAAGGGACUUGUGUGGUUGGAAUGAGGCAGUGUCAGAGAAAACGCCUAAAGCAACACCCAGCACACAGCAAGUUCAUUACUAGCAGUUCCCUUUCCUUGCCCCUGUUGCUUAGCAGGGAGGGGCAAUAGUAAAGGACUAGAAUUAGUGUGAUGGAUUGCUUUCAAAUAUUUUCAUUUUUUAAGAAGGUUCAUCUCCUUUAUAGAGUUAACACGUUUAGCUAUCCAGUCCACAAUCGUGUGAGAGCAACUCCAGCCCAGGACGGAUGAGCAGCAGUUCUUACCCCUGCCCUUGCCAGCUGCCCUGCUUCUCCUUCAGACCUCUCCCCUCAAAGCACCUGCUCCUGCCCUUCCCUCGGCCCCAGGCUUUCUGGUCCCAGGCUUGUGUUCAACUCCCAGAGCAGCUUCGCCGGGCCAGCGGGAUGUUGGGGUAGGAACCCCGUGGCCUUGGGUCUAGGGAGUUCUGGUAUAGAUCACCCCUUGGAAGAGGUUGCUGCCGAGAACCGCGUGAAACCCUGACUUCCUCUGUGUAGCGCAGGUUCCCGACCACAAGCACCAAAGCAGAGGGGCAGGCAGCACACGGCCAGGCAGCCAGAGUACCAGCCCAGCCAUGGUCCCCGAGAUGAGUGAACGCCAAGAGUUCCAAGUCUCGGAGCUUGACUUCCUCCUGGAAAACUCUUCCUAUGACUACGGAGAAAACGACAGUGACCCCUGCUGUGCCUCCCCACCCUGCCCGCAGGACUUCAGCCUCAACUUCGACCGGGCCUUCCUGCCCGUCCUCUACAGCCUCCUCUUCAUGCUGGGGCUGCUGGGCAAUGGCGCCGUGGCGGCCGUGCUGCUGAGCCAGCGGGCGGUCCUGAGCAGCACCGACACCUUCCUGCUGCACUUGGCCGUGGCUGACGCACUGCUGGUGCUGACGCUCCCGCUCUGGGCGGUGGACGCAGCCGUCGAGUGGGUCUUCGGCUCUGGCCUCUGCAAAGUGGCGGGUGCCCUCUUCAACAUCAACUUCUACGCAGGGGCCCUCCUGCUGGCCUGCAUCAGCUUCGAUCGGUACCUGAGCAUCGUGCACGCCACCCAGCUCUACCGCCGGGGUCCCCCGACCCGCGUGGCCAUCACCUGUGUGGCGGUCUGGGGGCUCUGUCUGCUCUUUGCACUCCCGGACUUCAUCUUCCUGUCCGCCCACCACGACAAGCGCCUCAACGCCACCCACUGCCAGUACAGCUUCCCGCAGGUGGGCCGCACGGCCCUGCGCAUUCUGCAGCUGGUCGCCGGUUUCCUGCUGCCGCUGCUGGUCAUGGCCUAUUGCUAUGCCCGCAUCCUGGCUGUGCUGCUGGUCUCCAGGGGCCAGCGGCGGCUCAGAGCCAUGAGGCUGGUGGUGGUGGUGGUGGUGGCCUUUGCCCUCUGCUGGACCCCCUACCACCUGGUGGUGCUGGUGGACACCCUCAUGGAGCUGGGGGCCGUGGCCCGCAACUGUGGCCGAGAAAGCAGUGUGGACGUGGCCAAGUCGGUCACAUCGGGCAUGGGCUACAUGCACUGCUGCCUCAACCCUCUGCUCUAUGCCUUUGUGGGUGUCAAGUUCCGAGAGCGGAUGUGGAUGCUACUCAUGCGCCUGGGCUGCCCCAACCAGAGGGGCCACCAGUGGCAGCCUCCGGCUUCCCGCCGGGAUUCAUCCUGGUCUGAGACCACAGAGGCCUCCUACUCAGGCUUGUGAGGCUUGGGAUGGGGGAUACCCCUUUCCCACGCAGCCCAACUCCCCCAUUCCAGGCUCCUCCCUCGCUCACUCCCCAGACACACACUCCUUGGAGUCCCCGAUGGCCCUGGUACUGCCGGGUCUCCCAGGGAGCCGCCCUCCUGGCUCUGGGGGCUGCCCCAUCACUGCUCCUUAGCUGCACAGCCCCCAUCCCGCCGCUUCAGAGGUGGCUGCCUUCAGGCCCUUCUUACCUUGGCCGCUCGGAACCCCACCACCCUCCUAAUUCAGUAACUAGGCCUCAGCCUUCCCCAUAUGCAGGGAGCAUGAGGCAAACAGCAUAAUGGCAGCGGCCUUGGCCGGGCCUCCUGUUCCGCAGUGACUAUGGCUGUGGUUCCCGAGACCUCUGUGUUUGCUCACUUUGAUUUUUAUGUCUAAAACUCUGCUUCAAACUUUUCAAUAAACAAGCUAAUCAGGA